UUUUAUUUCUUUCACUCUCUUCUUUUUUUAAACAGACAAAUAAAAUGAAACUCAGUUUAGUCUUCACCUCACUUUCAGCCCUGUUUUAUAUUGCUUCAGCAGCCAGCAGCAGUAGCUUAGAAAAGGGUGGAUUUUCCCUUGUGAAAAGAGAUCAUGGACUUCCCUAUGCUACUUUACCCUCAGAUACAUGUGCUACACCUGCCGCUUGUUCGAAUAUUGCAACACCCGUAACAUGUCGUUGUAGCGAUAUCUUGACGACUUGUCAAAACGCCGGUGGACAAUUUUGUUGGGGAAGUAAAACAUUAAACUCGACUAGCUGCCCUACGAUGCCUGAUUCAUGUGCAUCCUCUUCUUUCGGCACAAGAACCGCUUCUUGUCUUUGCAACACCCAAAAUAUUCUCUGUGUUGAUAAUGCCAACAACUAUUGCUAUGGUAGUGUUUCUGGAUCUACUGUAAAUGUUGCAGCUAUCCCUAACGCUGCUCCCGCCUCUUCUUCUGCCGUUUCUUCUUCUGCCGCUGCUUCUUCUGCCGCUGCUUCUGCCGCUGCCUCUGCUUCUGGUGCCCCUACCAUGUCCGUUGCUGGUGCUCCUUCUAAUGUAGCUGCUGCUUCUCCUACUGCCACUUCCGGAUCUAUUCAGCUUACAAACAAAUCCAUCUUCACUGUAGCUUGUGCCUUGCUUGCUUAUAUUGCUAUCCAUUAAAAAAACAGGAUAUUUAUUCCAUGAUUAAAACUUUUUUUUUUUUUUUUAAUCUAUUGAAAUUUCCCCCCUACUUUUAUUUUUAUCCUUUUUUUUAUAUAUAUAUACAUUUAGAAUCAAACAUGAAUAAGGAUAAAACUACAUAAUCUUGGAUAUAAAAGAUAUAAAAAAAAAAAUCGUCAUUACACAUUACACACAAAUUAUAUUAUUCAUUUUACAAAUAAAAUUAUCAUUUAAGCUAUAA